AUGCACAACCCCACAUUCUGCAACUUCCUUCCUGCAGGGCCAGGGUUGUACACAUUCUCGGACAUGCAUGUCCCUCCUCGUCAGUAUACCAUCACAUGUAAACAGGUCAAAUCCUUCGUCAUGUAUGAUGCACUGUUGCACUCAGGCAAGGAUAGCAGCCAACACUCCAUUCCUCUCGGUUACGAGGAAUUUGCCUUCACUUUCAAUUUCAACAAGCCUGACAUCCUCGUUAAGUUCACUACGGCUGCCACAGACGGUUCUAUCAAAGUUAAUGGACCCACCGUAACUGCUUCAUUCCUUGUCGGCAAUGACGAGGAACCUGCCGCUAUGCUCAUCCCAGACCAGCCUGUCCAGCCUGUGGCUGAGACUCCCUGUGACCCUGAUGGAGGCUGCUGGUUGGACAAAUGCAAGGCAGAGCUAAUCGACGAUCCCCUGUGGGACAACCUUGAAUGUUCCCACCACCAGAACUCCUGCCGAGAUGAAGCCAUCAAGGCUCACAAGGACAAGAGGCGGAGGUUCAAAGGCCCUGCUCCCCCUGCCGUACCUGCGCCUAACAUUCCCCAUCCCCCUACCAAUACUCGUGACACUGGGGCUGGUAGCUCUAGUCGGGCUGUUGCCUUGCCCACCGUCCGGGACGUUGACGUGCACAUGGAAGGUAUGAAAGGCACGAACAAUCGCGAAGGAGUUGAGGGGCCCACCAUUGCUGAAAAGAAGGGCAAGGGACGCAAGAAGUAA